AUCUGACAUAUAAACGAAGCAAAAACGAGUUAUUUGCUAACACGGUAGCUAAUUAAUGGUCAACACUGCUUCAGUUAUUGUGUAAUGUGACGCACUGUGGAGUCGAAUAGGUGACUGAAAGCUGGAUAGCCUCCAGUUUCUGCUGACUGACAUGGCGAGUAACCUCGUCUCGAAGCUGUUCCGCCCUCCUCUGACACAGCUUGUGUGUCUCCGUUCAGGUUGCUUGUUUCGGGGGAAGGGGGCGGCGGCAGCAGCGACGGGCACCAGAUCUUCCUCCAGUGGCUCUCCACCAGAGAAAAUCAGCCGAUACCCAAUUCCUUACAAGAAAGAUCUGCCGUAUGAUAUAGUGGAGCUUAUGGAGGAAGUGGAAUCAAAGGGAGGAUUUUUGCCCAAUGUCUUUAAAGUGCUGUCUCACAGGCCGGCAGAGUUCAGAGCCUUCUUUGCAUACUACAACGAACUGAUGAACAAGGACACAGGUAGAUUAACCAAGGCAGAUCGUGAGCUGAUUGUAGUGGCAACCAGUAUCCACAACAGGUGUCUGUACUGUGUGGUAUCCCACAGUGCUCUGCAUCGCAUCUACUCAAAGAACCCCACACUUUGUGAUCAGGUCAUUGUGAACUAUGAAAAUGCUGACCUGGCCCCUCGGGAGCGUGCCAUGCUGGACUUUGCCAUGGCCGUGUGUCGCUGCGACACCAUCACAGAGCAGCACUUUAAAUCUCUGGAGGAAGCGGGCUUUGACCGCGAGGACGCCUGGGACAUAGCCGCCAUUGCUGCUUUCUUUGCCAUGUCUAACAGGCUCGCCCAUCUCACAGACAUGAGGCCAAACCUGGAAUUUUUUAACCUGGGCCGCAUACCACGGGACAAGAGCAAGGACAAGGCGGGCGAUGGCAACUGAGAAAGGGAGAUGUUACAACAUUUGACCUGAGACAAUCUGUAUGUGAUGUUAAAAUGUUCAUGGUGAAGGAAAAUUCUUUUAUAUUGUAUCAACAUAUGACUGUUGAUAUUUGAAGUGUGGUUUAAUGAGGUGUGAAAGCCGUUCUACAGGUAUACACGCUAAAGGCAAAUUGACACUGAAAUUAGUCUGAAGGUCAGGAGUGUAGAAUUGAGAUUUAAGUAGCUUGACUGAGCCUGUUUUGUUUGUUUUUGUGUGUGUGUGUGUGUUGUUGGUGUUGUUUUUUUUUGUUUUUUUUUUUUUUGGUGCCAAAAUCAAGUUAUGCAGCGCAGGCAUCUAAAUGGGGCUUGUAGGAAUGGUUAUGUUAAGAUUUAUUCAGAUUCUCUCAUGACUCACCAAGUUGUGGUUAAUAGAGGGGUUAAGAAGUAGCCCUUUUUUUUUUUUUUUUUUUUUUUUUUUUGUUUGUUUUGUUUUGUUUUUCAUCUGGUGGUGCUUUCUAUCACCACCAGAUGGUGCUGCAUUCAUGAACCUAUUGGAAUUUACACUACAGUCUUCUAUAUGUAACCUCUGACUCAAUUCCAUAUGUGAAAGAUGGGCAAAUAAAACCCACAAAGAAGAGCUUCAGAUAAAACUUGUACUGCUUAUUCAAAAUGUUGCUGAAAAUUAUGUCCAAGGUUUUGUUUUUUGUUUUGUUUUAAUGCUGCAAUCAUGCAAUCCUUUUUCCCGGUGUAACUCUUAUCUGGUGGAGUGUCUCACUUCUGUAUAAUACACAGCAUUUCCUCUGAAAGUUUACUUUCUGUCUGCUAUCAAAAAUGAUAAAGUCAAACAUGACUCCAGGCAUCA